AUGAUGUUCUCUAGUCUCAUAUUCUUAGCAUCGACAGUCUUUAUCGCUACCAAUGCUCUCGCUCUGAGUACCACAACUACACGUUCAAGCUCCAUUGCGGCUCCAACGAUUUUGCAGCGUGAUGUGACUACCACUGCUUCACCUGCAUCCACAAGUCCACUUUAUUUCCUAACAACAAAUUACAUUACCAUUGCGGGGGUAACGAAUGCGCAUGUGACUAUCCCAGCCAAAACAGUCUCUUUUGCAGUUCCUACCUGCAUACAAACACUUACGCCGGACAAAAAUGGAUAUUUGCCUCCGGGUACAUGCAACGCUCUUUAUGACUACUAUCCUAGUUCUACAUCAGCUGUAGCUUUCGCUGCCAUUUUCGGAUUUCUUACUCUAGCUCACAUCAUACAAGCAUUCUUUUACAAAAAGGCAUAUAGUUUCUUCAUAGUUUCAGCAUCCAUUUGGGGCCUCACGGCCUUCAUACUCCGUAUUGUAUCAAUCUACAACCAACAAGAUAACGUCCUUGAACUCAUGUCUUCCAUCUUUGCUUUGACUAUCUCGCCCUUGAUCAAUGCCUAUUACUUCAUUCUCUUGGGACACCUCGUGCAUCACUAUCUCCCAAGUCGUUCUCUUCUCGGCAUUCGUGCUCAUUUCAUUGCGCUUCCUUUCUUAGUAUUCAAUGGAGUGGCCUUUGUGCUGGAAGUUGUGGGCGCAACAACGAUGGAAAAGAGAAAUCUUGAAUGGGAACAGAGGAAUGCAGAUCAUGUUUACAUAGGGGGCUUGGUCGUGCAAAUGCUGGUUAUUUUUGUGUUUUUGGGCGUGCUUAUGGCACUUUUGAGAGAGAUGAGUGGGUUGGGACGCAGGAGCGUCAUGGGGGCGGGAUGGAAGAGCUUACCGGGAACAUUAUUUGGAGGGUCAUGUUUUAUUCUGAUCCAGACAUUCUUCUCUCUCGCUCGAUUCUCUACUGGAGAUAAGACAUCCAGUACCCUGUCCACCCAUGAAUAUUACUUCUACAUCUUUGAAGUUGCCCCAGCAAUUCUAGCUAUAAGCAUGUUGAACGCAAUUCACCCUGGUCGAAUCAUGACUGGAGAAGAGAAAAUGGAAAGUCUUUGGAGUGUUCUCACGUGUUGUUUACCUUGCUGUAGAUCGAGAAGUAAAGCGAGAAAAAACAAUGACAUGGGCUCGAUUGCCAGCUCGAAAGAAUUGAUUGGUUUCGAUGAGGAGGGGCCUGAGAGGAAAUUUGAUCAUCAUGAUGAACCGCCGAGGUAUACUCCUUUGUGA